AUGCCAAUGGAGAACGCCACGUACAGCCCCUUGGAUCUGAGGGACCGAAGGAGGUUGCAAAAUCGACUCUCCCAGCGUAAGCGCCAGAGUUCCCUAGAGAUAUGGGGCAGUGGUGUCGGUGAAAAAGAUCAUGCGUUGUCCUUGGAUCCAAGUGACUGCACCGGCAGGGACGUCUCUGCAUUCUUGUGUGGAUUUAGAGGCCUGAACAGCCCUAUAGACACGAAAGGCAGGCAGGUUGCAUCUGCUGCUGAAGACAUGGCCCUGGGUAGAUCCAUCCUUCCACACGCACAAGGCGACUUUGAAAUGUCGAACGACGGCGAACAGAAUUUGAAUUUUGACAGCAAUGAGACAUUGCUCGACAUGGACCUCAUUCAGUCGUCAGUUGCUACCAGGCCCCCAACGUUGCAGUUGACGCCAUAUUCAAACCCAAGCCUGAAUGUCACGAAUAUACAUCAAGAACGCCAAAAGGGAAAUCCGCAUUAUCGUUCCACCCCACGCAGCAUAACAUCUGAGUAUGUUGUGGGCGAGUUUACCAACAACAGGGAGCGCCACCAUACCGAGAAACCACACGAAAAAAUGCAGGAUGCACUGCGGCCGAAUGAAUCGAGCAAAGAAAGACCCGAUCUGAUAUCUUCACCCAAACGAAGAGGUAUCCGUGCCACGACAAAGUGUAGCCGUUCGACCACGCUCUACCAAAAAGUGGAAGAUCUCAUAGACCAGCUUCUUUUGCUUUACGAGUUUGGAAUGGAUAUAGGGUUAGUGUCCCCAGAUGCCCAGAUUAAACCACCACUGGAAUUGGUACUAGCUGAAUUUGAGAAACGACCAUUGUCCUGUUGCUCGGACACUGAGGGUACUUAUGUCUAG